GUAUUAUGGAGUGAUUUCAUAUUUUAUCAAUUUUAAUUAUAUUUUUUAUGAAAUUAUAAAUUUUUAUUAUAAAUCAAUUUUAUUUACAUAUAUUAUCAGAAUAAUGGCAAAUGUAGAAGUAACUGAAAAUAUUAUAAGUUGGGAACCAUUACGUCUAACAUAUGUUAAACCAUCAUUUAAUGCUCAAGAAUCCGCUUUGGCAUCACGUCAAGAUUUAUGGCACAAGUUCAUUUUAUUUGGCAUAGGAAAAUUCAAAGCAGCAGAAGUGUUACGAACUAUUAUUAUUGCUUGUGAACCAGAAAUUAUAUUACCUGUUAUGUAUAAAGAAGAAAAUUCCAACAAAAGCACUUUCUUGACAAAAUGUAGUUGUAAUGCUAUUGAAAAUCUUGUAAAACAAGGUUUAUGUCUAACAUUGUCAAAUGGACAAGAAUUACACAUUGAUAUUAUAUUAGGAUAUACAGAUUCUCAAAAUUUACAAUUAAAUCCUAAUAGAAUUAUAGCACAAGCUCUUUAUUAUAGAUAUGAACCUACAAAAAAGAUAUUGAAUCUUGAUGAUUUUGAAAAUGAAAAAUCAUUAAGCUCUAUAUAUUGUCCCAUAUCUUUGCCCAAAGUAUUGCAUUUUGUUUUAAGAUGUACUAAAAUGGGAAUUUUAAGUAAUAAUCGUGAUUCACGGUUACCUGUUAGAGAAUUGAGUUUAAGAUAUAAUCAAAUCACAAGCAUUAUCUUUUUUGAAAAAUUUUUUAAUUAUCAUUUAACCAAAUUAGAUUUACGUCACAAUCAAAUUGCAGAUGUAGAGUACUUACGUUAUUUUAGUGAAUUUAAAAUAAGUGAACUUUGGCUGGAUGGAAAUCCAUUAUGUAUAAAAUAUAAUAAGUGUCAUGAUUAUAUCCAAGCAGUAAAAAAUAUUUUUCCUCAUUUACAAAAAUUGGAUGGGAUUGUAAUAGGUAUGGAACAAAAAUUUGUUCCCAAUAUUCAAAGUAAUUAUUUAAAAGAUGGUACAAACACUUGUUUAAUCAAGCAAUUUGUGAAGCAUUAUUUCACAUUAUAUGAUCAAGAUGAUAGGCAAAUGAUAAAUGGUUUAUAUGACAGAGAUGCUCUCUAUUCUAUGACUUUAGGACCUGUUUCAAAUUAUGUUCAUAAACAGUUGACUAAAACAUUUGUAACAAAUAGAAAUUUACUAAAAUUUGUUGAUUAUGCUAAGUGUCAAGAAUUUUUAUUACGUGGUCCAGAAAAAAUUAUUUCUGCACUUAAAAAUCAACCACCUACAAUACAUCACUUCAAAUCAUUUCAUGUGGAUUUAUUAUAUGAAGGAGAAAUCCAUCUUGCAAUUUCUGUACAAGGAAUGUUUUCAUUUCGAGAUGUCAAUCAAUGUCCACCAAUGUUUUUCAAUAGAACUUUUAUAAUUAUGAAGAAAGAAGAUAAUGAAUAUUGCAUUACUAAUGAUCAGUGUUAUCUUGAUGGAACACCAGCUAAUCUAUCAGGAAACAAUGAAAUAAGAUUUGAAUUAAAAAGCGUUCCAAAGUUUAUUCCAACAGUGUUUAGUGUUUCUGAAAAAGAACAACUGCUUACAUUUUUACAUGAAUUGACUACAAUGAACAUAAAAUUUUGUCAUCAGUAUCUUGAAGAUGCCAACUGGGAUAUUAGGACUGCUAUUGCUACAUUUAUGAAUAUGUACACAGUUAACAAUGUACCACCUGAAGCCUUUUUAUAAUAUAUACAUCUUUUGUAA